GAAUAAAUACGGGCCUGUGCCGGUGAAUUGCCGCUGGACCUGUCGCCGAGUUGUUUAGGAUCUUCUCAGUGGUCGCCUCAUUCACUAAUCAGCAACUACUAGUGGCCCUACCGCUGCAACACGGAUCCACCGAAAAUGGCCUCCAUGUCGCUACAUGCUCCGCCGUACAGUUCAUGUAACCGUGACCUCGUUUCACUUCCAAGGAGGGAUAUAAGUGCCGCCACAUUCAAAUCUAGCUUCUUUGGCUCCAAUGUGCCUGUGAAACCACUUUCAUUCUUUGAUCGAAAUACCCAAAAACGCCAACCCAAAACCUUUAUCACAGCUUCUACUCACAACUUCGAUGUCGUGAUCAUUGGUGCCGGAAUCGUAGGGUUAACUAUUGCCCGGCAGUUCCUGAUUGGCUCGGACCUAUCUGUCGCAGUCGUUGACAAAGCCGUCCCGUGCUCUGGCGCCACUGGUGCAGGGCAGGGCUACAUAUGGAUGGUGCACAAGUCGCCGGAGAGUGAUACAUGGGACCUCACUAUGAGAAGCCACAAACUGUGGGCGAUGCUUGCCGAGAACAUCCGUUAUCAGGGCUCGAAUCCGUUAGAGGUGUUGGGAUGGAAGAAGACCGGAAGUUUGUUAGUGAGUAGAACCCUCGAAGAGUCGGAGAGGUUGAAAAGGAGGGUGAAACAGCUCUCCAAAGCUGGGCUGAGAGCAGAGUAUUUGUCCAGUCAUGAUUUGCAAUUGGUGGAACCUGCACUAGAGGUUGGGGAAUGUGGCAGUGCUGCCUUUCUUCCAGAUGAUUGUCAAUUGGAUGCUCAGCGAACCGUUGCAUUUAUUGAAAAGACUAAUAGACAGUUUGCAUCAAAAGGGAGAUAUGCAGAGUUCUAUCAUGAUCCAGUGAUGAGUUUAUUGAGAGCUUCUAGCAAUGGAGUGGUUAAGGCUGUUCGGACUUCCAAGAAUGCCUUGUAUAGUAAGAAGGCCAUUAUAGUUGCAGCUGGUUGUUGGAGUGGGUCUUUGAUGCAUGACUUGUUUAGAGAAUCUGAUACUGCUUUGAAUGUCCCCGUUAAGCCUCGGAAGGGUUACUUACUUGUGCUCGAAAACUUUACUUCCCUUAAAUUGAAUCAUGGUGUGAUGGAGGCAGGUUAUGUUGAUCACUAUGGCGCAGGUAAGCGAGUCACAAAUUCUGCAUCAGGACUGGUUGAUCAUGGGGAAAACCUGUCUGUUUCAAUGACAGCUACAAUGGACUCGAUGGGAAACCUUGUUCUUGGGAGCAGCCGUCAGUUUUCUGGGUUUAAUACUGAAGUGGAUGAAUCCAUUGUUGGUCAUAUAUGGAACCGGGCUGGAGAAUUCUUUCCCAAACUAAAAGAGCUGUCCCUCAGAGAUUUCACUAUGAGCAGAAAGCUGAGAAUAGGCUUGCGCCCUUAUAUGCCUGAUGGGAAGCCAGUGAUUGGGCCUUUGCCUGAUUUCAAAAAUGUGCUCAUUGCAACUGGUCAUGAAGGUGGAGGACUUUCUAUGGCUUUGGCUACUGCUGAAAUGGCUGCAGAUAUGGUGCUGGGCAAUCCUGGGACUGUUGAUUAUGCACCAUUUGCUGUUCAGGAUCGGUGUUGUUGAUGCAAUGUGUGCCAAUGAAGAGAUCAGAAAUUUGAUUUGACACAUUUGCAGACUUGUUAAUGGGCUGCUGGUUCUCAGGGAAAUCCAAGGUUUCAUGGAAUAAAGUUUUGCUGUAGUAGCUGGCAUAUUUGAAAAUGGAGCAAAAGUCUCUGACCCAUGUCUUAAUGGCACGCCAUAUUUCAAGUCCAUCUGCACCAUAGGGAUAAUCCUCAAAGAGGAGCUGAACCCCAGUGGGAUUGUCUGGGUCUUUCAAGGCCAGUCGUCUGAAAAAUAUUAAUCGUCAAUGGAGUUGGAUUAAUCGUACUAGUUUAGGCUAUCAUAACAAAUCCAAUGAAAUGUCUGUGAAGGCUGGGGAAACCUGCAAACUUCGAAUUCGUGCUGGAUUAAUUCCUGCAAGCAUCUGAUGUCCAAACUCUUCAUCAUCCUUCCAGGCUAAUUCGUUUUCUGAAGAAUAAUAUGUAAGCUCAAUUUAUAAAUGGUAAACUAAUAAAUGGAACAUCGAUCUUUUAGACUCCAUAAAUUGUAAGAGCAGCUUGCAAGGUGCAGCACCUGUUAUAAUUUGAGGCAAUGGGAAUUCUAUGGACUCUUUGGUUGCAUGAAUAAUUUCUUUAAAAAGCU